CCGGCUUCGCCACUGGCCCGGCGGGAAAGUGCGCGGUCGGUUGGAGCAGCCCUGCCCCGCCCCGCGGGCCGCACUCCCGAGAGGCGUGUUCCGGGCGGGCGGACCCAGCGCCGGCGCCGGUUGAGACACCGCUCCGCGUCCAUGGAGGCGCCGGGGCAGGCGGAGGUCGGGAACGAGGACGGCGACAGCACCUGUGGGGACCUGUGCUGCAUGGACAAAGGCCUGCGGAGCAUAUCAGAGUUAUCCUUAGAUUCAACCCUCCAUGCCAUCAAUCUGCAUUGUAACAACAUCUCGAAGAUCGAAGCCAUUGACCAUGUCUGGAAUUUACAACAUUUAGAUUUGUCAUCUAAUCAAAUAAGUCAAAUCGAAGGGCUAAGCACACUGACAAAACUACGCACUUUAAAUUUGUCCUGCAAUUUGAUCACAAAGAUAGAAGGACUUGAAGCACUAAUUAAUCUGACUAGACUGAAUUUAUCCUAUAACCACAUAAAUGAUUUAAGUGGUUUGAUGCUCCUUCAUGGAAUCAAACAUAAGCUUAGAUACAUCGACCUGCACAGCAACUGCAUAGACAGCAUCCAUCACCUACUCCAGUGCAUGGUGGGCUUGCACUUCCUGACCAACCUGGUUUUGGAGAAGGAUGGCGAGGAUAACCCUGUCUGUCGGGUGCCAGGGUACCAAGCAGUUAUGCUGCAGACCCUGCCACAGCUUCGAAUCCUGGACUGUAAGAACAUAUUUGGUGAGCCGGUGGACCUGUCACAGAUUAACUCCUCGAGUCUGCAGUGCUUUGAAGGUCUUUUGGAUAAUUUGGUUUCAUCUGAUUCUCCCCUAAAUAUCAGUGAAGACGAGAUCGCUGACGGGAUGCCACCGGUGGUGACGGCCCCCACGGGUGAUGACAUGGCCCCCCUGGACCCGUUUGCAAGUACACCGACUGACCCUGGGCUGCCAUCUUUCAUGUCCGUGUGCCCGCCUUCUGAGCCAGAGAAGGUUAAUCAUGAUAGCGAUUUUCAGAAUGAGAUGAAACUUCAGAAAUUAGAUGAUCAGUUUUUACAGCUUCUCAAUGAAACUUCUAGUUCUUUAAUAGAUAAUGUUCCCGAGAAAGACCUGAUGCUGAAAAGAGAUAUGGAUAUAACUUCUGAAAGUGACUAUGGAAACAGAAAAGAAUGCAAUAGAAAAAUUCCUCGAAGAUCAAAAAUCCCGUAUUAUUCCAAAGCAAUUCAGACUAUUAAGCACUACAACAAAAACAACAGCCCUUCCAUAAGUUACAGUCGUAAAAUGAAGCAGCCUUUCUUUAAAGACUUAUAUGUAUGUUCCUCUCUGGCAAACUGUAGCCAACUGGAAGAGGUUGAGGAGCCGAGAACUGAGCUGAUGAAAGUGAACAUCAGUUGCCCAGAGGACACCUACCGGAUACUUGUCGAGCAGCUAGACCAGGAGAGAGAGAAGAGGUGGAAAGCUGAACAAGCUGAAAAGAAGCUCAUGGAUUACAUUGAUGAACUGCAUAAACAUGCAAACGAAAAGAAGGACAUCCACAGCCUGGCUCUGCUCACCACAGACAGGUUAAAGGAGAUUAUUUUUAAAGAGAGAAAUUCCAAAGUGCAACUCGAAGUUAUGGUUCACAAACUUCAAAACGAAAUUAAGAAACUAACUAUUGAAUUAAUUAAAGCGAGAGAUCAGCAGGAGGAUCACAUCCGGCACCUGAGAGCCCUGGAGCGAGCUCUGGAGAAGAUGGAGCGGCAGAAAGGGCAGCAGCAGGCAGCACAGAUGCGGCUUAUCGAAGAGGUGGAGCUCAAAGCGGCAGCUGCCGACCGAGAAAUUAACUUGCUUCGAACUUCCCUUCAGCAAGAAAAGGAUCAGGUGCAGCAGCUUCAUGACCUCCUUGCACUGAAGGAGCAAGAGCACAGGAAAGAACUUGAAACAAGGGCGUUUUUUAGUGAUGCUGAGUUCCAAGAAGCCAUAGCCAAGGAAGUGGCAAAAGAAGAGGUAAAGCAUGAGCAAGAGAUCAAAGGAUACCAAGAAAAAAUCGACACAUUAAGUCAGCAGUACCUGGAUUUAGAGAAUGAAUUUCGUAUUGCUUUAACUCUCGAAGCCAGAAGAUUUAAAGAUGUUAAAGAUGGUUUUGAAAGUGUUGCAACUGAGUUAGCAAAGAGCAAGCAUGCUCUUGUUUGGGCUCAACGGAAAGAAAACGAGUCUUCCUCUUUAAUUAAAGAUCUGGCCUGCAUGGUGAAGGAGCAAAAGACAAAGCUUGCCGAAGUCUCCAAACUGAAACACGAAACAGCAACCAACUUGCAGUUGCCUUGCGUUUUCCCAUGUCUGGGGAGUAUACAGAAUCAGAUCAGCACCCUUGAACUCCUGAUCGAAGACGACAAGCAGAAGAGCAUCCAGAUCGAGCUGCUCAAGCACGAGAAAGUCCAGCUGAUUGCCGAGCUCGCGGCCAAGGAGUCUCUGAUUUACGGCCUCAGGACCGAGAGAAAAGUGUGGGGCCAGGAGCUGGCACAACAGGGAUCUUGUCUGGCCCAGGAUCGUGGGAAACUGGAGGCGCAGAUCGAAAGUUUAUGCAAAGAGAACGAGUCUCUGCGGAAGACCAAUGAGCAAGACAGUGACACGCUGCGGAUUAAGUGCAAAAUCAUAGAGGACCAAACCGAGACCAUCGGAAAAUUAAAAGCUUGUUUACAGGAAAGAGAGGAACAGAUCAAAAUAUUACAAGAAAACAUCUGUGAAAUACAGAAAUGUACUCAAGAACAACUUGACGAAAAAUCUUCGCAACUGGAUGACAUAAUUGAGAAACUAGAAAGACACAAUGAAAGAAAAGCAAAACUAAAACAGCAGUUGCAAGUAAAGGAAUUAGAACUUGAAGAAAUUAGAAAAGCUUACAGCACCCUUAAUCAGAAGUGGCACGACAAAGGGGAGCUCCUCAGCAAUCUGGAAAAGCAAGUGAAGGAAGUGAAGGAGAAAUUUGAGAACAAGGAAAGGAAGCUGAAAGCCGAAAGAGACCAAAGUGUUGAACUACAAAAGGAUGCUGUGGAAAAGCUUUGUUACAUGGAUGAUGCCUUUAAAAAACAAGUGGAGGCAAUUGUUGAAGCUCAUCACGCUGAAAUAAUACAACUGGAAAAUGAAAAGCAAAAAUAUAUUGAUUCUGCAAAUUUAAAGGUUCAUCAAGUUGAAGAAGAAAUGCGUGGACUUCUGCAAGAAAACUGCAAGAACAAGAAAGCACUGGAAGCAAAAAUUAAGCAUCUUGCUUUUGCUCUAAACGAAAUUCAUCAAGUCUUGUGAUAGUUCUGAGAAUGAAUUCAAUUGAAAUGGACCAGCAGACCAAUUGUAAAAAUGAUUAAAUAUUGUAACAGUAGUAACUGCUAUGACUUUGAAAUGUCUCUUUCUACAUAUUUCAUCCUGAUUAUAUUUUAAAAGACUUUUGAAAAAGUAUUUAAUUGUAUAUGUAGGUUUUUAUAAUAAAUUGUUGAUAAUUAUGUGUAUUAGAAAAACCUCUCAAAAUAACUAGACUUAAGACACUUUUUGUUUCUGUGCUAUCCAUUCUUUGGUAAUUACACUUUGCCUAUAAAUAUGUAAAUGGAAUUUAAGAUUAGCCUUUGACUAUAUUAGGGAAAUUAUUUUAAUAGUUGUCAUUGCCUUAUUGUAUUGAUGAAGAAUUAAUUAUAUUUCUUGGUUGUCCUUUAGUUUAUGUAGCUCCAUUCUUUCAAAAUGCUCAUACGAAGAGCCAAAAAGUACCUGAGAUCUGAUGGUCAGAGAUGUGGCACUCGAAAGAAAGCAUGUCGCCAUUUCCUCCUCCAUAAUGACCCCUUUUUUAUAAUGCACAUGACUCAUUAAAGAUUACAUGUAGAGUUUAUAAACAUUGUCUGUUCCAGAGGAGCACUACUGCUCCACCCUCAUUUUUUCAUUUCCCCUUUAGUCACUGUAUGUAUGAAGAGAAUUCUUACUUUGCAACCGGAAACAGUUUUCAUUUCAUCCGGUCCUUUAUUACUGUAUACCUUUGUCAUAUUUUAUGUUCCUGUGUAUAUAAAACAAAAACCUAAGUACUAUCCUCCUCACUGUUUUUGAAAGAGAAUAUAAUACUAUGCUUUUAAGUAAUAGCCAGUGACUUUUUAAAAGUUAAAUGGAAUAAGAAAAAAUAUAGAUGC